AUGAAUCGGCGAAAAGCAAUUCAAGAAAACGAUGAUUCAUCAAAAAGUGGUAAAAAAUAUAUUGUCCUGUAAUGCACUUUCUUGUAGUCGUAAAUCACACGUAAAUAUUUUACUUUCUCUAAAAUUCCUUCAAGAAUGCUAAUUUUCAGACGAUGAUCUCAAUUUCCGCGUUCAAGAUAAAACUGCAAUUGAUCCUGAUACCAAAAAAUCAACAUCACGACUCGGAAACAUUUUGAAAGAUGGUGGUCCGAUACGAAAUCUCAAAGAAAAUGCCGCGGAAACCUUGAAAAGACCACUGACAGGGCUUUUUCGUAGGCCCGGGUCAAAAGCCGGUGGAAGGAAAAAGGAAAAAGAAGCCGAUGAUGACAGUUCACAGCCUCCUGUUAAUUUUCAAGCAGUUUCGAAAAUUUGUGAGUUUUUUUCUGGUAAUGAAUUUGAAUAUGUCUGGAUAAGUCACGCUUCUCACGUUGAUUUAAACAGCUCAUUUUCAUAUUAUUUUGUUUGUCUGGAAAGCUGUUCAAAACAUUAUUUCAGCAUCAACUCUGGAAGAUGUAAUCCUUGACGAUGAAAGUGACAACGAUCGAAAGAAUGGCGGAGCUUCUUCAAGAACAAACAUCGGAGUCGAAGGUAUCUCAAAAGCUCCCAACAUUUCUCUCAACAAAAUGAAUCCGAUGUUGGGAACUGCUGGCGUCAAUCCAAAAUUGGCAUAUCUUUUCAAAUUAGAACAUAUUGGUGAGAUUUUUGGUUUAGAAGAGGAAAUAUUAGUAUUAGUCAUAAAUGUUGCCUAGCAACUGGCGACAUUUUCAAAAUUGGAAGCUUUCUAAAUUUAGAAAUGUAUGAUGACUUUUGUGGAAAAAAUUAUCAGCAGUUUUUGAAGCCCACGCAAUUUUUUUUUCGAAUAAUUCAUGAUAACAAAAAUUGUUUGUUUUUCAGACAUCUCAAUUCUUGGUCGUCAUCUUCUCCCAAAAGAAGAAAUAACAGAAGAAGAUGUUCCAUGGACUUGGGAUCAUUUAUACGCCUCGCUUUCUACAGAGUUACGAGAAGAAUGGGCAGCUGAUAAUGAACGACAAACAAUGGGAGGAUUGUAA